GCUAGUCAGUGCCAAAUAAUAUAAACAUUGAAUGAGUUUCGCCUUGUACUCUCACACCACAUGGAACUUAAGUGUUACAGUAUUAGAUUCUGAAAUAUCAAUAAUGUGACACGGGUAUUUCAACACCAGUUAUUGAUAGAGUAAUAUGAUUUACGUAAAGUUGUAUCAUAAUAGUUAGCAGGUCGGCUAGCUAAAGUAAGCGGCUCCAUUGGUUCACUAACGUUAUUGCCAUGGUUAUUUCAUCACAGAGACUGAGGAUGUUUAAUGAAGACGCAGACUCGUCAACUGCAACGAAAGGGAAAAGUCUGGUACAAUAACAGUGCCUUCGCCAUGCUGUAAGCUACAGCCCUGAUUAUGAGGGGAGAGAAAUAUGACCCACUGACAAAUGCAUGCAUUACUGAAGAUGGAGACGGUUGUGGAGAACAUAGUGGCCAUGGUGCAGCAGUACCCAGCUGGGGUCCCCCUGAAAAAGCUGGCAGUGUUGUACAGCCAGACAUACCGCAAGAACCUGACUUUAUCCUCCUUGGGCUUCGACUCCAUGGCUAGCCUGGUAGCCUCUCUGGAUAGGGAUCUGGUUAUGAAGGGGGAGCUGGUGUUUCACUUGGACUACCACCGUGAAACUCUAGAAAACAUAGUGGCCAUGGUGAAGCAGCACCCAGAGGGGAUCCCCAUGAAAAAGCUGGCUGUGUUGUAUAGCCAGACAUACCGCAAGAACCUGACUUUAUCCUUCCUGGGCUUUGAAUCCAUGCCUGAUCUAGUAGCCUCUCUUGACAGGGAUCUGGUCGUGAAGGGAGAAUUGGUGUUUUGCAAGGACCACAAGGACAGUGAAAGUCAAGCUAGAGCUGGGGCAUCAGCAAAAGCUACAGAAGAUGGCAAGAAGAUCAAGAAUGUUCAGGAAAAAAUAGUGGCCAUGAUGAAAGAACAUCCAGAUGGGAUUCUUCUGAAGAAGGUGGCUAUAGCCUACAGCCAGAAAUACCACCACAACCUGGCCUUAGCCUCUUUGGGCUUCAAAACGAUUUCCUGCCUGGUAGAAUCCUUGAAAGGGGAUCUGGUUGUGGAGGGGGAACUGGUGUUUCAUAAGAUUCAUCAGCCUCGAAAUCAGUGUGGAGCUGAAACAUCAGCAAAACCUAAAGAGAGCAGCAGGCCUGCAACACCACAGAGAACUGAACCACUCACUGAGAAGAGUAGCACUACCCCUAGUGUUACUGUGCCACAUGGUGAUACCAGCUCUGGCUGUGUGCCUCCCCCUCUAGCAGGAAUGAACCUUUUUGGAUCUCCUUUCGUUUCCACUGCCUCUUUGUUCUCUACCCCAUAUCUUCCUGGUAACCCUCUCCUUACUGGACCCAAGCCAGCUGAGAAAUUGACCCAACAGCAGCUGUACCAGAACGUCUUAGAGGUGAUGAGGAAGUACCAGCUGACUUCUCCAUCCAUGGACCAGCUGAAAACUUGCUAUUUUCGGCACUUUGGUGAAGAGCUUCCCCUUGCGCAGUACAUGUCUCUGUAUGACAGCUGGGAAGCAACUUGUCCUAAGAAACUGCCCACUCAGUCUGAACCAACAGCAGAUCCCACGACUGCUCCAUUGCAGUCAACUGCAGCAACACAGAAUCUUAUGAGAGACCCUGAAAAAGAGCAACAGCAGCAGCAACAGCAGCAGCAACAGCAGCAGCAACAGCAGCAGCAGCAGCAGCAGCAACAGCAGCAACAGCAGCAGCAACAGCCCAUUGCGUCCAACUUCCUCUGUAGCUCUGACUUUCCAGCACUGGGGGCAGAUGUGAAUGUGACCAAAGACCAGAAGAGCAAAACGAGAGAUGCAACCCAGAAAGAGGGCGGUGCCUCUGUCUUUAGGGAAUCUUAUUACGCCCAGCUGAGAGAGGUCCAUGGAGCUAACGUGCGAGCAGUGGAGGCCAUGGAGGAGGACGACGAGGAACUCACAGGGAGGAGGAGGAACAGGGUCCUGGAUCAUGAAGCGAUCAACAGUCUGAUGGAGGAUGUGAUACGAGACAUCGCCGCAGAGGGAGAGCUGGUCACCAAAGAGAAGGUGAUGUCCAGGGUGUGCCAGCUGAUGCAGAUUUCUUCUAUGGAAGCAGCAAGGAUAAAACACUGGAAGAUUCAGGCUCUAAAAGACCUUCAAUACGUCAUUAGAGAGAUCAACAUGUUCAUAGAGGCUACUGAAGCAGUGACAUCCAUCUGUACCCUGUAUGAGCUGGGCCAAUCACUGGCUGGCCUGAAGGACAAGAAGCGCUAUGAAGAGCUGAACCUGGGGCCCCUCUGCAAACUGCCACUCAUCCACCGCAUGUUCAAGAUCGACAGCAACACCAAGGAUGAUGAUAUUCACCAGAUCGAGACAGCAGACAUCUUAAAGCAACUUCGCAUUUUUAGGAAGAAGCAGAGCAAACCCAAAGUAGACCUGGCUGAGUUUAUGAAGUAUCUGGCAGACCACUACAACUGUGAAUCUCCCUUCGAGCUGGGUAUCAGGAUACACAGUGUUGGGCUGCCCAUAUCGACUCUUAUAAAGGUGAGUCGCAAUGAGCAUGCCCUCUUGGAGCAAGCCAGGGAGGCCAUCCAGAGAGAGCUGGAGGAGGAGACCUACGAGCGGCUGAGAAAGAUAAAGAAGGGUGUGCUGGAGCCGGUGCAAGGCGCCGGUUCCCUCUCCUCCACAGGCAGCUUGGACCUCAGGAAAAAGUAUGCUUCCAUGUCAUCAGCCGAGGUGGCGCUGGCAGUCUUCUCAAACGCAGAAGGGGUGUUCAAUCCCAAGAUGGCCAAGCACGUGCAGAACUUCCUGGUUCAGGUGUCGGGUGACCGGUUGGCAAGGGCUUUGUUUCAGCUGGCUAUCUGUGGUGGCUCUCUGGCUGUCCCGCAGGACCUGGUGCCCAAAGAUAAGGCACCCAAAACCACCGAACAAUCUAAAAAAGAGGACAAACCCGCCGCAUCACUUCCCAGUGAAGCCAAGGUGAAGCAGUACCUGAAAGACAGCCUGUCCUCUCAGAACUCAGUCAUCACUUUGGCCCACAUUUCCUCUCUGGAAAAGAAGUUGACGAAACACUUCCAGGUCAAAGAUUUCCUCUCUCUAGAGCAAGGCAACUUCUUGGAGUUCCUGGUUAAACACAUUCAGCUGCUGCAGGACGCACUGGGUUCUACUUUGAUUCUGAGCAGUGGCAGCAUGGAACUUGCGGGAAGUGGUUUCAGACCCACCAGACAAGAUGUGUUUGAGUUCAUCAAACAGUGUGGCGACAUAACCUCCACCGAUCCAGAUGAACUCUCCCACAUUGAGUUGGCGCUACGUUCCCACUACAAGGUCCGAGACAGUCGUGACCUGGGUUAUGGUACUCUGCAGACGCUGGCCAAACUUGUGCAACUCCAGAGAGAUCUGGCUGGAGGAGGACUGAGCCCGGUCUACUAUGAGUCAGCCCUGUUUGCCAAACACGGCAAGUUAAGUGCUGAAGGUGGGUUUGAGGCAGUGGGGUGCCUGGGUGAGAUGUCCAAGGCCCAGGCCCUGGCCAGCUUACUCUCCUGCCCCCUGCUGGAAGAUUUGAGUGAGUGGAGCCAAUGGGAGCUCAUCUUUAAACCCCUUCAUGGCGCCCUCAAAGAUUUCAUCGAGAGAAAUGCAGCUAACACAGGCUUGGCGGCACUGGAGGUGACACCAGGUAUGCUGCUCAGGAUCACCACACACACAGGAGACAAACAUUUCUCCAGCGCCGCCUCGACCCUCGACCCCAUCGGCACAGCUGGCCAACUUGUAUCCAUGGUGGUAGCUGAUGGGAUCGUCAACGCUCCCACAGCCCUCCUAGCCAAUCACAUGCAGAGCUCCCUGGCAGCAGCUGUGGCUACAGAAGAUUUGUCCCGGGCUGAAGAGGAUGUGUCAUGUUACAGCACAGUGGCCAAAUUCCUUUUGGCUUGUUUGACGCGAAUCCCCACCAGAACGUGCCAGGCUCUUUUGCAGCAGGUGUUUUUGGAGCCUUUCUCUCGUGUGUUGGGCCAGGCCAAGUCUAAACAGGUUCUGAUAGCUGUGGCCCAGUCUGACCCGAGACACAUAAACUGUCUGCACCGACUCGGCAUCCUCAUGGGCAUCACCGACUGGAUCAAAGACUAUCAGAAAAAGCUGACCCCACCACAGAUCCAAAACAUCAGUGUGCCCACAGCACCUGUGGACCAGGCCAAGUCCAAUUUGGUAGAUUCUGAGAGCAGCAGUCUGUCAGCUCUGAACAUGAGUGAGGAUGAGUAUCUUGAGGAUAACAUCAUGGACACCAGCUUUGCCUCCUCCCAGCUCAACCACAGCCCACAGCAAGUCAACGGUGAGCAAGAAGAAGAGGCUGAGGAGGAAGAGGAUGAAGAGGAGCUUUAUGAGUUUGCCUCACCGCCUAACGAAGUGACAUCAGAUGUCAGCAGUGAAGCUGAAGGCGGCCAGGGCGAGGAACAGUCAGAACCGUCUGAUUCUAAAGAAAACGAGACUGCGAGCUGCCAGUCAGAGACCACAUCAGAUCUCCAUAGAGCCUUAAUCGAGGAGAUCAGGAAAAAUGAGUUUGGUAUCGGUGUGGAAUUGACUGCUGAAGGCCAGAAGCUGAUGCAGGUCCACCAGGACAGGCUGGGCCGGAGCUUGGACCGCCUCUCCACUGAACUCUACAGCAAAGACACACACUUUGUCCUGGAGCUCAUUCAGAACGCUGAUGACAACAGUUACCCAUCAGAGACUGGUGUCAUUCCAGCGCUGGCGUUUGUGGUGGAGAGAGACUGCAUCUCCGUUCUCAACAAUGAGACCGGUUUCCAGGAGAAAAACAUCAGGGCCAUCUGUGAUGUGGGGCGCAGCACCAAGGGCAAACACAAAUACGGAUACAUAGGACAAAAGGGCAUCGGUUUCAAGUCAGUGUUUAAAGUCACAGACUGUCCCGAGAUUCACUCCAAUGGCUUCCAUUUGUUCUUCGACAAGACCUGCGGCCCCAUGGGAUACAUCCUCCCCCACUGGACUGAAGAUGAGAGGCCUCUGGACGCACAGCUGAAGGACGUAAAUCAGCACAGCUGGACCACUAAGAUCUGCCUUCCUCUGCGUUCCGAGAGCCAUCAGACCCGAAACCUGUUUCAUGACGUGCACCCCUCCCUGCUACUGUUCCUGCACCGCCUGCGCUCCAUCACCAUCUACAACCAGAGUGAGAAGCGUCAUGUGACAAUGACUCGUAAAGACCUGAGUCACAAUGUGUUAGAGGUGGAGCACACAGAGGGCAUCGAACGCUGGCUAGUUGUUAAAACCACUCUGCAGCCCAAGAAGAUUAAAGAGGAUGUUGAGUCGACCGAGCUGGCCCUGGCUUUCCAGCUUGGCGAUAACGACACAGGAAGUGACGUCGUAUGCCAGCCUCAGAAACAACCCGUCUUCGCCUACCUGCCCCUUCGCAGUUUUGGCUUCCGCUUCAUCGUCCAAGGCGACUUUGAUAUCCCGUCUUCUCGGGAAGAUGUGGACAGAGACAGCUCAUGGAACCAGUGGCUUCGAUCUGAGAUACCACAACUCUUCCUCCAGGCAAUGGAAGUCUUCACUGAUCAUCCAGAGUUCAGGGGGAUGAAGGGUCUCUGCCAGUUCCUGCAGUUUAUCCCCCUGCCUGACGAGGUGUUGGACUUCUUCAAGCCUGUUGCCGGGCAGAUUAUUCAGCUGCUCAAGGGCAAGGCCUUCCUGCCUACACUCAGCUCAGAUGGAAAGGUUGUGUACAAGCUGCCGUCCCAAGUGGCCGUCUGUCAGGACGCCGUGAUCCGCGACGUGAUCGGUGGAGACGAGCUCGAAAAGCAUCUGUCUCUGUCCUAUCUUCAUCCCGGGCUAAGUCCCGCCCCACCUAACUCCCUGCUCUCUCACCUGGGAGUUCGAAACCUGAGGGGGUCUGAUGUUACUACGGUAACCACAGCCAUGGCCAGGGAGCUGAUGAGAGCAGGAGGCAUCCAUUCAGAGGGUGGCCUGCGUCAGCUGGCCAGGCUGCUGGUUUGCAACUUCCGAGCUCUGGAGCAUGGCUACGGAGAGGUAGACUCCAUCUUGCAGAGUCUUAGGGAUCUACCCAUAAUCCCUCUGGCCGACGGACGUUUGGUGGCACUAAACGGGGAGGGAGUGUUCUUUCCAAUGGAAGAAACCAAUACCAAGAAAAAGAAAGCUCAAGCGCAGACUGGACCUUUGUCUGCAUUGUACAAGGAUGUGAACGUAGUUCACCCCUCUCUGCUGAGCUGUGUGGAGCCUCUGGAGAGUCAGCAGGUGCGAGAGCUGCUGAGAAGACUCGGUGUUCAUGAACUGGAGCCUCAAGAGCUGCUGGAACAGCACAUCUAUCCUUCAAUACGGAACAACAAAUGGAAGUCGAAGCCUGAAGCAGUGGUUGUGAGUUACUUGGUUUUCAUCAAGCAGCAUUCCUCCUCCAGCCGGGACUACUCAGACACUGCAAUACCCGUCCUCACCAACAGGGGUCUGCUGUGCCCAGAGCUGGACAGGGUGCACUUCACUGAGGAGUACGGCAACAUCAACCUACCAAAGAGACUGCCUGGCUGUGAUUGGGUUUUGCUGAGUCCCUGCUACGUGGAGACAGACGGCGAUGUAGCAGGAUGGAGAGAGCUGUUCAGCAGACUGGGAGUCAGAGACGGCCUCAUCAUCCGCAAAGAGAGACGAACACUCACUGCGAAAGAACUGACCUCCAGCCCCUGGUCAGUGGAAAGUACAAUGUGGCGCCAAAAUUCAGGGGAGGACUAUGUGCUUGAUGACUACCCCUGUGAGGAGUUUCAUGCUCUGGCCACAGCUCAGCUGUCUGCCCCCGUCCUCUUGGAACAGAGAAUGGCCUUGCUGGAGCUGCUGGCGACCAACUGGGAUACUGGACAUCGCUAUUCUCAGUACCUCACAGCCCAGGUGAUUGACAGUGAUGGACGAUCUACCAAAGGUACCAGGUCCUCCUUCUACCACUUCUUGUGUCGUCUUGAAUGGGUGCCGGCCUAUCGCCCAACGGAAGGAGAAAAGAGAGAGAGAAAGUACCUCUGUCCAAACUCAGUCUACCUGACCUCACCUGAGGUCACCAGCCUGCUGGGAACACAUGUCUGUUAUGUGGACAUGGACCCCAGCGAGUUCAGUAGAGCCCUAGGAAUGAGAGAAAGUAUCUCAGUGGAUGCUCUGAUUAACUACCUGAAGGAGUGGUGCACCAAACCAGAAGCAGAUAACCCGGAGGAGAGACUAGAUGAGAAUGAGUCAGAGGGGGUGAAUUUCUCCUCCACAGUUCAGCACAUUCACAACGUCUACACCUAUCUGCAUACAAACUGUCCCCAGAGCAGCCUGAAGGAGCUGUUCCAGCAUACUCCCGCUGUAUUCAUAGAGUACAAGCGUAAAGAUGACUGGUGUUCAGGACGCUUCUACCACCUGAAGGAGGUGUGUUGGAGUGACCCAACGUCAAUGUUCCAGCGCUACAGACAGCUGACCCAUGGACCAGACAGCCCCGUCCAGGACCCCAAAGUCCUGGCGCCUUUCUACAUUCCACUGGAAGGAAUGAAAGACUUCUUCAUCAGACUGCUGAAUGUGGAUCACAGCCCCAACAUGAAGCAGUAUGUUGGAUUGUUGGAACUGAUCUGUUCAUCGUCUCCCAUCCCGACUGCUGAAGUGCUACAGGAUGUGUCGGUGCUCUAUGCCAGACUUGCUCACAAGUGUAAAGUUCAAGUAUCUGGAGAUCUGGAAAACAUGCCUCAGCCCAGGCUCAAUCCCAGUUACUGCUCCACUUUGAAAGGUAUGGUGUCUGAUAAGAGGGUCUUCCCCACCAAGGAUAACAGCUGGGUGAGUCUGGCACGUAAACCCAUGAUUGCUGACAACAAAGAGCUGGAGAAGAUCUUUAAACCUGACAAGCGGGUCUGCCUGCUCAACCUGCCUCCACCAGAGAAGAAGACCCCACACAGGGGCAAGACUGGAAACCUCGGAGAACAAGCUAACUCCAUGCCUACCUUCAACGAGAGGGACCGAUCUUCCUUUAUGGAGAUCUGUGGUAUCCGCCAGCUGUCUAAGUGUGUCAAGACGGAGCCCCUGACUGAGAACCUGAGGCCCUGUCCACCCAUGCAGGCCAUGGUGCGCUCUGUGAUGCCCUACAUCCAGAGGUUCCUCUACCACCACGAUGAGCUGGCUGACGUCUAUUCAGAGCUGAUUGACGACAACAUAGGAGAGAAAAUCAAGCGACUUAAUUUCGCACAGGUGGGUAAACUGUACAUUCGCUACGAGCUGGAUGUGGCUGACGGUGAGGAUCCUGUGCUGGAGAUGCAGGAUGUCAUCUGUCUGCUGAAGGACAAGAAGGAGUUCUUCAUCCAGAAAGAUCACCUCUCAGCCAAGCUGGACAUCUGCAGGGAGCUGGUGAAACUGUUCUGCACAGAGAGCAGCCACAGGAAAGAGCUGAUGCAUUUCCUGAGCGGCCUGAUAACCUCACUCAAUGACUCAGGAGCUCUGAAGAGGUUCUUGCACAAGGAGGACAUCAGAGAGCUGCCCAGUGAGGAGGAGCAGUGGGAGGUCCCAGAGCCUCCCAGACCAGAGAUCCACCUGGAGAGAGUGCCAUCAAGAUGUUAUUCCUCCGUCGGCUCCCCGGAGGAGCCACCUCGCCCAGCACAAGAGGACGGAGAGCAGACGCUGGCUUGCUGGCCUCCACGAGCGUCUCUCUACAACACAGGAGGCAGUCGCACAGGCCAGUCUGACGGGGGCGUAGUAGAAGCCGUCAUGAAGAUGUGGCCGCCUCCUGCUCCGCCUAAAGACAGAGACCCAGACAAAGAUUUCCCCCCCAGAGGAAGCAGCCAUGUCGUCCCCCAGAGUCCCAGCAGCAGCAGCAGCAGCAUCUUUGAAGGGAACCAGCCAUUCAAGAGCACCAGCAGCCGACCUUCAGACCAGCCCGACCUUCAGAGAGCAGUCAGCCAUCCAGGCCAGCCUAACACUGCUGCUGCUGUCACCACCAACACCCCACUACCUCCAGAGCGCAGUCAACAGAGUGAGACCACUGAGUCUGACAGAGCAGAGGGUGGAGAGGAAAGCCUCAAGGCUCCCAGAGCAACACAGAGUCUUCCAUCUGCACAGCAUGCUGAGACAACCAGCGACCAACCCGCUCCAAACAGCCUCUCCGUCCCUGACGCCGUGGUGCUUCCCAGCACAUUUCAGGGGACGACAGCCGCUGCUGAGAAUCAGCGUCCUCCUCUAAACCUGGACUUCCCCUCCUGGAACAAAGUCCAGCCCUCACAGACCACGCUAGAGGACAUGGAGCUCACCUGCCAGAGACCCACCACAGUGGUCUUAUCUGACGAACUGGGGGAUGUGGCAGCGAUCGGCGAGUGGGGAGAACAGCUGGUCAACUCCUUCCUGUGCCACUGGAGAGACAGCGGCGACCCCGAGCGUCCCACGCAGGUCCUGUGGUGCAACCAGAGCGGAGAGAGCGGCCAGCCAUACGACUUCAAGCUCACUUUCGGACCAGCGGGAGAAGAGCACGGUGGCGUCGGAGCAGCGGGGGUGGUGUACGUGGAAGUGAAGUCCACUAUAAAAAAAGAGAAGUCGUUCAUCCACCUCUCGGCCAACGAGCUGCACUUUGCACUGAAAGAGAGAGAGCGUUACCACAUAUUCCGAGUGUACAGCGCAGGAGAUGCUCAGAACGUUCGCUUGUGUCGUAUUCGGAACCUGGCGCAGCAUCUCCACACCAAAGAUGUGGCUCUCUAUCUGUUUGUAUAAGUCAUUUUCAAGUUUGUUGAGAUAUUUGCACUAUAUCCACUGAAAAUGUUUUGUAUGCCUUUUUAGUUAAAUCAAACUGCACUGAUUUUAUUUUUUUUUUAACGUGCUUAUGAAUACUUCCUACUGUAUGGGUUCUUUUGCCUGAGAAAAUUUGCACAUUUGUUUUUCAUUUUAGCCGUGAUUUUCUAGUAUCUGUACAAUUUUAAAGUUGUCUGUGGACAUACUGAAUGUUUUUAACCCUUUGUAUUCACCCUACCUCACCUUUACUUAAGCAUUCCUUUUAAAUAAAAUCCUUUUUCCGUCAA